AUGAACAUUGCAAAAGAUGAAAAUGAUGAUGAAGGUGUCGUUAUACAACAACCAUCAUCAUUGGAUAGUGGUGAUGGUGGUGUUUGUGUACUAUCAAAAUACAUUCAAGCUAUGAUUAUUGACUUGUUGGUACAUGGUCAAUAUGAUAUCAAACAUGUUGAACUUUACCAUGGAUUUCAGUGGGUAACACACCAACAAGUAUCACAUCUAAUGUUUAACAAAAGACCUAAAGAGAGUACGAGUCGAAGUAGUGCCGGUUCAUCAUCAUCAUCAUCAUUUAAUACACUAGGCAAUAUUGCGUUAGUGUCUAAAUGGUGGAUGCAAGUGACCAAACAAAUAGCAUCAUCAAGUGUACACAUAGUUGGUCCAAUGAAAGAAUCAAGCUUUUCAGCAAAUGAUAGUAGUAGUGGUGGUAGUGUAGAGUACCUCUAUUGGAAUGUUGUGGUUGAAAAAUGGGGAAAUCGACCACCCCUAAACUUUAAAGAGUUUGACUAUUCAAGAUUACCUCUUCUAUUGCCACACCUCAAAACAAUCGAUAUUGUUGGAAAGAAUAUAAACAUGCAAGCUUCACAAGCCAUCAUACAAGUAAUCAAUGCAUUCCCACACAUCCAAGUCAAUCUAAAGUUGAUUAUAUCCGGUGAAAAUGACUUUGAAUGGCCUGAUAAUGUUUCUUUUAAAGGAUUGAAACCAAACACUAUCGUCUCUCACACGAGCUAUGAAUAUUACGAUGACACCAAAGAUUUUCAUCAAAUGCUUGACGAUCUUCAACCAAACCAUGUCAAUCUGGGAUUUGAUGAAGGUGGUCAUGAUGGUGGAGUUAUCCAUUUCGAUCAUCCACCUUUAUUCCAACAUCUCACGACAGCUCAACACAUCAACAUUGCAUAUGAUUUUGUUGAAUUGUCACAUCUAAAAGAAUAUGUUGGUGGUGGCGGCGGCUGCGGCGACGGCGACGAUUCAUUUAAUAUUCAAUCUCUCAAAGUUGGUAUCAUUACAUGUCCUAUCGAAAAGGAACAACCGGUACACGACGUUGCCAGUAAAUACAAUGUAGGAGGAAGAGGGAGGGAGAGUAGUUGGGCUGACCGAUACCAUGGAUGUGGAUUUUGUGGUUGUGGCGACCUAGACAUCAGAGAUACUUUGGAGGAUUGGAAUGAGUUAUGUUCCAAUCUCGGCACCAAUUCAACAAUGAAAAAACUUUGGUUGGAAGGUCCACAUGGUGAACACCCCAUGUUUAACAAGUCAAACAAAGAAAGAAAAGAGAGUGAAAAAAAGUGGAGGGCAGACCAAAGAAAAAGUGGCAGCAAAAGUGGAGAACUAGAAGAAGAAGAGGAAGAAGAAGUAAUAGUUUCAUUGGAAAGAUUAUCAUCUCGAUUUGUACCAAUUUGGGAAACAAACAAAAGCAUUAAACUUUUAGGCCUAUCAAAGCUUCCAAAGAUCAUUUCACCACAAUUUUUCAAUACUUUGUGUCACAACCAACACAUUACAACAUUAAUAUUGACAGAUGGUACAUUGGUUAAAGAAUACAUUCCAUCAUUCUCUCAAUUAUUAAUUACGAAUCAUACAAUCAAAGCACUCGAUAUCAGUCAAAACUAUUUAGAGCAUAGUGCAGAGUUGGACAAGGCAUUCAAACAAAACCAAUUAAUCAAAGUAUUAAACAUUGCAGAAAAUGAAUUUACAUCAGAUAUAUUUGAUUCAUUCUUGGAGAGUGAUACGAUCGAAUAUUUAAUAAUUGAUGAAACAUUGGCAAAGAAUCACCAUCAACACCGAUAUUUUAAUCAAUCAAAAUCAUUAAUUAAGAGAUUUUGUGUUGGUGCUUUCGAUGAUAAACCACUCCGUUUCUAUUUUAAACCUUCACUUCUUUUAGAAGAUUAA